UGUUGUAUAAGGGAUAGUGAUGCAAAAAUGAUCGAAGAUGUUGCCACUGAGGUUGCAAACAAGUUGUUUAACUCCACGCCGUCAAGAGAUUUCGACGAAUUCAUUGGGAUGGAAGCUCAUAUGAACAAGAUUUCACGGGUUUUACGCACAGAUUUGGAUGAAGUGAGGAUGAUAGGGAUUUGGGGUCCGGCUGGGAUUGGCAAGACCACCAUUGCUAGGUGUCUUUUCAAUCGACUAUCCCGUACUUUUCAAUACAGUGUCUUUCUGAUGAAUGUCAAAGCAAUGUGUACGCCACCGGUUUGUUCAGACGACUACAACGUGAAGUUGCACUUGCAGCAAAAGCUUUUGUCUCAACUAAUCAACGAGAAAGAGGAGGAUUUGAAGAUUUCUCACUUGGGAGUUGCACGAGAAAGACUGAAUGACAAGAAAGUUCUUGUUGUUCUUGAUAACAUUGAUCGGUUAGUACAGCUAGAAGCCAUGGCCAAAGAAACUCGGUGGUUUGGUAAUGGAAGUCGAAUUAUCAUUACAACGCAAGAUCGAAAGAUUCUUAAGGCACAUGGGAUCACCCAUAUUUACAAGGUUGAUUUCCCAUCAACUUGUGAGGCUAUUCAAAUGUUUUGUAUGUAUGCGUUUGGUCAAAAGUCCCCUGAAUAUGGUUUUGAGAAGCUAGUAUUGGAAGUUACAAGACUCGCCGGUAGACUUCCUUUGGGACUAAGGGUUAUGGGGUCAUAUUUUCGUGGAAUGCCAAAGGAGGAGUGGGAAAAUGCACUACCAGAGCUAAGGAUGUGCCUUGAUGGAGAAAUUGAGAGCAUUUUGAUGUUCGGUUAUAACGCAUUAUCUCAUGUAAAUAAAGAUUUGUUUCUUCAUAUAGCCUGCUUUUUCAACCUAGGAGAGAUAGAGAAAGUGGUAGAGCAUCUUUCAAAGAGAUUUUCUGAUGUGAGGCAACGGCUUAACGUCUUAGCUGAGAAGUCUCUCAUAUCUUUGGAAAGUGAACGUGUGAGUAUGCAUGAUCUGCUAGUCCAGCUGGGUAGAGAUAUUGUCCGCAAACAGUCCACAGAACCUGGACAACGCCAGUUUUUGGUCGAUAACAGAGAAAUUUGUGAAGUACUUGCUGAUGAUGCAGCGGGUAGUAGAAGUGUUAUUGGCAUAAACUUCUAUGGAGACAAAAUAAAUGUGAGUGAGAGAGCCUUUGAAGGGAUGUCUAAUCUCCAGUUCUUAAGAUUCAGAGUGAUGCGUGAUGGUGGAGGAGAUACAUUUAUGCUAUUUGGUGGACAAAGCUGUAUAUCUCGUAAACUUAGAUUACUAGAAUGGAGAUAUUUUCCGAUGACAUGUUUGGAUUGUAUUCCCAACCCAGAGCUCCUCGUGGAACUAUUCAUGUCUGGCAGCAAACUUGAGAAGCUGUGGGAAGGAACUAAACCGCUUAGCAAUCUCAAGUGGGUGGAUUUGAGUGAUUCAAAAAACUUGAAGGAUGUUUCUAGUCUCUCAACUGCCACUAGUCUACAGGAAUUAGAUCUCACAGGAUGUUCAAGUUUAGUGGAGCUUCCAUCUUCUAUUGGGAACGCCAUUCAUCUCAAGAAGUUGCAUCUCGGUGAAUGUUCAAGUUUGGUAGAGCUCCCUUCUUCUAUUGGGAAUGCCAUUCAUCUCGAAAAGUUGGAUCUCACUGGAUGUUCAAGUUUGGUAGAGCUCCCUUCCUCUAUUGGGAAUGCAACUGAUCUCGAGUUUCUGUCUCUUCGUGGUUGUUCAAGUUUGGUGGAACUCCCCUCAUGUUUUGGUAAUAUAAGAAACCUGGAGGAAUUGGAUUUAAGUGACUGCUCAAGUUUAGUGAGAGUCCCUUCCUCUAUCGGAAACGCCACUAGUCUUCAGCGUUUGAAGUUUAGCAGAUGCUCAAGUCUUUUGGAACUUCCUGCUUCUAUUGGAAACCUCCAUAAACUAUACUCUUUGAUUUUGAAAGAAUGUUGCAAGCUGGAGGUUCUUCCUGUCAACAUCACUGAUUGCUCCUUGAUGAAAAGUUCUCCUGAGAUCUCAAUAAACAUCAAAUCUAUGUAUCUCAGUGGAACUGCAAUUAAACAAGUGCCUUCAUCUAUCAGGCUGUGGCCUCGUCUAGAUGAAUUGUCUUGUAUAUAUGACGUGCAUCUGUCAUACUACGAGAACUUCAAGGAGUUCCCUCACGUUCUUGACAUCCUGACAGGUCUGGUCAUGAGCAACACAGAAAUACAAGAGAGUUCUUCUUGGAUCAAGAGAAUCUCUCGUCUUCGUCAACUUGUAGUCAAGGGAUGCAAGGAGCUUUCGUCACUCCCACAGCUUCCAAGUUCAUUAUCAGAGCUAGACGAAGAAGAUUGUGAGUCUCUGGAGAGACUAGAUUUCUCCUUUUUUAAUCAAAAGAUUGCUCUCAACUUCGCCAACUGCUUCAAACUGAAUAAAGAAGCGAGAGAUGUCAUCAUCCAGACAUCGACUAAUUAUGUAACGAUGUUACCAGGUAAAGAAAUUCCUAACUACUUCAACUAUCAAGCUAGUGGAGGUUCCGUAGUAAUGAAGUUGAACGAGAGGCCUUCUCGUUCACCAAUGAUAUGUAAGGCUUGCAUAUUACUGGUUAGUAAAGAUGAGGUUGAAGCUGCUAAAGGUCAAAGGGUGUAUGUACAUCAUCGGAUCAAACAGAAUAGCCUCGAUGUCCCCUGCAAUCGAAGUGAACUCGUUCUGUUUCUUCCUUUAACGGAACAUCUGUACAUUUUUGAAUUCGAAGCAGACGUGACUUCAGACGAGCUUUGCUUUGAGUUUGAGGUGGAACGUAACGAGUUUUUGGUCGACUGUGACAAAUGGAUGAUAAAAGAAUGUGGAGUGCAUUACCUUAAUACCAGUUGAUGGGUUGAGAUAUGUAAUGUUGUGUUUUUUUUGUGUAUCAAUCAUCCUGUUUUGGUGGGUUAUGAGCAGUUACUUUUAGUUUCCUGAUGAUUAGGAUAUGGUUUAGAAUCAUUGACAAUGACCAUUCUGGUUAAGGUGUUAGGAUAAACGAAUCUAUCUUAUACUCAAAUGAUUCUAUAUGUUUAAUGUAUCUCUUAGUUGUGUAUUAUAUCCUGUUUUAAGAUAUGGUUUAGAAACA